AUGAAGAUAUGUCUACGCUAUCUCGGUGACCCUGGAUAUCAACAAGGUAUUGGUCAGGAACUUGGUGUUAGUCAAGCAACGGUAUCUCGGACUGUGGAUAGAGUUGUGAACAGCAUAGUUGCACAGUCGAACGGAUGGAUCAAGUUUCCAACUACCAACUAUGAACUGAUGGAGGCCAAGCGGAUAUGGCAAAGCAUGUAUAAAUAUUUCCGACAGCAAUUGGUGUAA